AUGAAUCAAUUUAAACAAUGUGGAUUACGUCGACUUGAACAACUUCAAGCCAUUCCAUUUUUAUUAGCUGAUACAGCGUAUUUGUGGUAUGUAGAAAAUAUUGAUUUAAUUGUUAGCUUUGAAUUAUUUAGUAAAUUAUUCCUUCAAAAAUUUACAUGCACACCAUUAAAAAAUUCAAGAUAUUCCUCGUGGUA